UUUCCCUGUCUGCUUUACUAAAAUCGUAAACUCUGCCAGAGUUUCGUAACUGCUUAAUUCACCAUGUAUUUGUAACCAAGCAAGAAGUCAUAGUUCUGUAGAACAUAGUUAAAUUUUUAUUGAAGUGAUCCUAGAAAUAAAUUCAUGCUUAUAUUCUCUGGACAAGUCUUCUGCAUAAUAUGUUUUGAGAGUAUCUGAACUGUGUAUGUGUAGGACACAGAAAACUAAAGUAAGGUAUCCAAGAACUUUGGUCAUAUUUUCGUUGAAGAGUGCAUUUUAUAUUCAUGCAGAGCAUGGACAUCAUUCUGAGUUAUAUUGCAGGGUAUAUCAUAUCAAGGCUGUCGUUUAUCGAUAUAAUGUUUAACUUUCUAGUUCUAGGAGUUAUGUAACAAAUUAUUUGGAGAAAGUAAUAUUUUAAGAGACCAUCCAUACACAUACAAGAGAAAAACAUCAGUGUAAGGUUUCUAACUAAUUAUUGAAACAAAAGAGUGAUUUAAUGAUGCCUAAGCUUAUUCAUACAGGAGAAAAACGUCAUGUGUGUGAAGUAUGUAAAAAGUCAUUUAGUCGAAAGAAUUAUUUAAGCAAUCACAUGCUUAUUCACAUAGGGGAGAAACAUCAUGAGUGUGAAGUAUGCAAAAAAUCAUUUAGUCAAAAGAGUCAAUUAAACAAACAUAUGCAUAUCCACACAGGAGAGAAACCUCACGUGUGUGAUGUAUGUAAAACGUCAUAUAGUCAAAAACAUAGAUUAAACUAUCAUAUGCUUAUUCAUACAGGACAGAAACCUCAUGUGUGUAAAGUAUGUAAAAAAGCGUUUACAUAUAAGUGUAAUUUAAAUACACAUAUACGUAUUCACAAUGAAGACAAACCUCAUGUGUGUGAAGUAUGUAAGAAGUCAUUUCAUCGAAUGAAUAGUUUAAGCAUUCAUAUACGUGUUCACACAAAAGAAAAACCUCAUGUCUGUGAGGUAUGUAAGAAGUUAUUUAGACACAGGAGUACUUUGAGUUCCCAUAUGCUCCUUCAUACUGGAGAGAAACCUUAUGUGUGUGAAAUUUGUAUGAAAUCAUUUCAUCAGCAAAAUAGUUUGAACUCUCAUAUGCAUCUUCACACAGGAAAGAAACCUUAUGUAUGUGAAGUUUGUAUGGAAUCAUUUAGUCAGAAAAGAAGUUUGAACUCCCAUAUGCUUCUUCACACAAAAGAGAAAUCUAAUGUAUGUGAAGUUUGUAAGAAGUCAUUUAGUACAAGGGUAGUUUGAAUUCCCAUAUGCUUCUUCACACAGGAGAGAAAUCUCAUGUAUGUGAAGUUUGUAUGAAAUCAUUUAAUCGGAAAAGAAGUUUAAACUCUCACAUGCUUCUUCACACAGAAGGGAAAUCUCAUGUUUGUGAAGUAUGUAAGAGAUCAUUUUGGCAUGAGCGUGCUUUGAACAACCAUAUGCUUGUUCACAGCUGGAUUGCUAUGAAGUUUCCACCGGAAAAAAAACCUGUUUGUAACUAGAGUUACUGAUUUUGUGGCAGUUUUGGGGUAAAUAUGUAGCUGAAACAAAAGCUCUGUGUGUAUGUAAUAUAUAAUUUUUUUCAAUAGAAAUAAUUAUUCUUUUUCUUCUAUAAAAUUUGUGAAACUCUGCCAAGAUAGUUUUGAUAAUGCAUAAGUAUCAAAAUUUUAUUUCUGCAAGAUAAAUCUCCACUCAUUUUAAUGAAAUACUAAUUUGGUGAUUCUUCACUUCCCUUUUAAAGGAAUGUUUGUUUAUCAUUUAAGUCCUCAGAACAGCUUUAGUAUUGGUCCUUUCGGCGACAAACUUUUGUCGCCAAGGUAGACCUGGCUUUGAGAUCAGAAAAAAAUGGCGGAUUGUAAACAAAACCCGAUCUACACUAAAUAACAAUCCUAAAAAAAAGCUCUUGAUUAGAAUCAAGGCCAACUUAUAUACUCAAGGCCUGCCAGUGGGAAAAUAUUAUUUUGUGUUUUCGGUUGCCUGCGUUAUUUUCCUACUGACCGCAAGAUGGCGCUACAAUUCUGCUACACUUUGCGAUGUUUAAAAAAAUCUGAAAAGUACCAGAAACGAAUUCUGUCUUGUUAUAUGCAAAGUUUAAAAAUGAUUAAUUCAUAGUAGUCAGAAA